CUAUCAACUGCACAGCGGGCAGAGGCAGAGGAACGCAGAACCUUCUCGCACAGCGGGAUAAAAGGGUGAAUUUGCAGCUGAUAGAUGCAGGCUUCUCCACUUCAAACGAGUCAACCAACUCCACCUGAAGAACUUCAUGCUGCUGCCUAUGUGUUUACAACUGAUGGGCAGCAAAUGAGGAGUGACGAAGUAAAUUUGGUUGCAACAGGGCAUCAAAGCAAAAAGAAACAUUCCAGAAAAUCCAAGAGACACUCUUCAUCUAAGAGAAGGAAGAGUAUGUCCCUGCAGUUAGACAAACAGGAAGAUGCUGCAGUCACUCACAACGUUCAUGAAGAGAGGAUAAAUAACGGCCAACCAGCAGCUAAUAACGUCUUGUCAACUGCUCCACCAUGGCCUGAUGCUACCAUCACUCACAAUAUCCAUGAAGAGAGGAUGGAAAAUGGCCAUUCUCGAACUGAUAAAGUCUUGUCAACUGUUCCACCACGGCUUGUUCAUAUGGCUGCAGCUGGUAUUCCAUCCAUGAGUACCAGGGAUCUGCAUUCUGCCGUCACUCACAAUUUCCGUGAAGAGAGAAUGGAAAAUGGCCAACGCCAACCUGAUAACGUCUUGUCAACUGGUCCCACAGGGCUUAUUAAUAUGGCAGCAACUCCUAUUCCAGCCAUGAGUGCCGGAGAUCUCUAUGCUACAGUCACUCACAAUGUCUGUGAACAGAAGAUGGGAAAUGUCCAACCAGCACCUGAUAACGUGUUGUUGACUCUUCGACCACAUCGUAUUAAUAUGACAGACACUGGUAUUUCACCCAUGAGUACCACGGAUCCGUAUGCUACCAUCACUUACAAUGUCCCUGAGGAGAAGAUGGAAAAGGGCCAACUCCAACCUGAUAACGUCUUGUCAACUGCUUCCACAGGGCUUAUUGAUGUGGCAGGAGCUGGUACUCCAGCCAUCAGCACCAAUGGCCUGUAUUCCACCGUCACUCACAAUGUCUAUGAAGAGAAGAUGGAAAAUGACCAACCGCAACCUAAUAACAUAUUGUCAACUGUUCAACCAAUGGUUAUUUAUUUGACAACAGCCGGUAUUCCGGGUAUGAGUACCAGGGAUCAGUAUGCUACUGUCACUCACAAUGUCUGUGAAGAGAGGGUGGUAAAUAACCAACCAGUACCUAGUAACACCUUGUCAACUGUUCUACCAGGGCUUACUUAUUUGGCAACAGCUGAUACGCCAGCCAUGAGUACCAGGGAUCAGCAUGCUACCAUCGUUCACAAUGUCCGCGAAGAGAAGAAAGAUAACAGCCAACCAGCCCCUGAUAACGUCUUGUCAGCGGUUACACCAGGGCUUAUUAACUUGGCGGGAGCUGGUAUUCCACCCAUGAGUACCAGGGAUCAGUAUGCUACCGUCAAUCACCAUGUCCAUGAAGCGAGGAUGGAAGAUGGCCAACGAACACAGGAUAACGUCUUGUCAAAUGUUCUCUCCGGGCUUAUUAAUAUGCCAGGAGCUAGUAUUCCAGCAAUGAGUUCCAGGGAUCUGUAUGCUACUAUUGCUCACAGUGUUCGUGAAGAGAAGAUGGAAAGUGGCAAACCCCGAACUGAUAAGGUCGUAUCAAAUGUUGCACCACGGCUUGGUCAUAUGGCUGCAGGUGGUAUUCCAUCCAUGAGUACCAAGGAUCUGUAUGCUACUGUCACUCAAAAUGUCUGUGAAGAGAGGAUGGAAAAUAACCAACCACAACCUAGUUAUGACUUGUCAGCUGUUCUACCAGGACUUACUUAUUUGACAGCAGCUGGUAUUCCAGCCAUGAGUACCAGGGAUCAGUAUGCUAUUGUCACUCACAAUGUCCAUGAAGAGAAGAUUAAAGGUGGCCAAGCAGCAUCCGAUAACGUCUUCUCAACUGUUCCGCCAGCACUUGUUAAUAUGGCAGCAACUGGUGUUUCAUCCAUGAGUUACAGGGAUCAGUAUGCUGCAGUCACUCACAACAUCCAUGAAGAGAAGAAAAAUAACAGCCAACCAGCACCUGGUAACAUCUUGUCAACUGCUCCUCCAUGGCUUCGUCAUAUGGCAGCAGCUGGAAUUUCAUCCACGAUUACCAGGGAUCUGUAUGUCACCGCCACUCACAAUGUCCAUGAGGAGAAGAUGACAAAUGGCCAACAGGCACCUGAGAACUCCUUGUCAACGGUUCCACCAGGGUGUAUUAAUCUGUCAGGAGCUGGUAUUUCAUGCAGGAGUACCAGGGAUCUGUAUGCUACUGUCACUCACGAUAUCCAGGAGGAGGAGAUGGAAAGUGGUCAAACCCCUCCUGAUGGCUUCCUGUCAAAUUCUGAUUCACCAGAGCUUAUAAAUAUGACAGGACAUCGUACGCCACCCAAUGCAUUGGAUUCUUUCUCUUACGACUUCACAAGUCUCAGCAAAGAUGAGCUGCUUUACAAACCUGAUAGUAAUGAAUUUGCGGUAGGCACCAAAAACUACAGUGUCUCUGCAGGUGACCCACCAGUCACAGCAAUGUCUUCAGUGGAAACUGUGCCAAAUACACCACAAAUAUCUCCUGCCAUGGCAAAGAAAAUUAAUGACGAUAUAAAAUAUCAGUUAAUGAAAGAAGUUCGAAGGUUUGGGCAAAAUUAUGAAAGAAUUUUCAUUUUGCUUGAAGAGGUACAAGGAUCUAUGAAAGUCAAGAGACAAUUUGUUGAAUUUACCAUCAAGGAAGCAGCAAGGUUUAAAAAAGUUGUCUUAAUUCAGCAACUCGAGAAGGCGCUUAAAGAAAUAGAUUCCCACUGCUGUCUCAGAAAAGUUAAGCACAUGAGGAAAAAAUAAUUGUGUUAGUGCAAAGACCAAGGAGAAACAAGGACACAUGCUGUAGGAUGGAACAGGUUAUUGCUGAAGCUCCCUAUAAUCCUGAAGUGAAGAGAAUUCCCUUCCAGAAGCUACGAAAAAGGGAGCUGUUUAAAUUUAAUAAAUCUCUGCUAGCAAAAGCUGCAC